UUAAAUGUAAGCGCACACAUGGCUACGAAGCGUGGGUUGGAAACUGAGGAAGAAGCUGAGAUUUCGACGAAAUCUUCGAUUCCACCUCAUUUACGAAAUCAAGAAAAACGUUUGAUAAUUAUAUUAGAACAAGCAAAUUUAGAAACAGUAAAAGCUGGGAAAAGUUUUGAAUUAUUAAAUAGUGAAGAUCAUAAAGGUUUAAUAAAGAAGUUUGAUAAGGAUCCUUCCAGAUGUAGACCAGAUAUUACGCAUCAGGUUAGAUAAAUUCGAAGAAAU